GCCGCUGCCGCCGCGUCCGCCCUCGCCCCCAGCCUCGGGGCUCGCCGAGACAAGGUCUCCACCUGGCCAGAAGAGGGGCUGUCCACGCUUGAGGCACGUCUCGUCCUACCCUGUUCUUGGACAGAACAUCAACAGCUGGUUCCACGAGUCCAGGAGCCAGGCGUCAGGGACAGACCAGCCAUGGAUCCCCAACAGCCUCAGCAUUUGGGGGCAGCACCUUAGGAGAACAGAGGAGCGGCCUCUGUCCACCCCCUUGCACUGGGAAGAAGGGAAGGGAGAAGUGGGCCCGCCGCCUGCCCCAGCUGGGCAUGGGCCAGCAGCUGUGAACAGCCAGAGCUGAUGCCGGGCCCCCAGGGGGCUGGAGGAGCCCCCGUCAUGAGCCUGGGCAAGCUCUCACCUGUGGGCUGGGUGUCCAGCUCUCAAGGAAAGAGGCGGCUGACUGCAGACAUGAUCAGCCCCCCGCUCGGGGACUUCCGACACACCAUGCAUGUAGGCCGUGGCGGGGAUGUUUUCGGUGACACCUCCUUCCUCAGCAACCACGGUGGCAGCUCCAGGGGUACCCACCGUUCACCCCGCAGCUUCCUGGCCAAGAAGCUACAGCAGGUGCGCAGAGUGGGGGCACCGCCCCGGCGGUUAGCUUCCCCACCGUCGCCCUCGCCUGCUCCACCCGCCGUCUCCCCCAUCAUCAAGAACGCCAUCUCCCUUCCCCAACUCAACCAGGCUGCCUACGACAGCCUCGUGGUGAGCAAGAUCAGCUUCACCAGCAGCCCUUCCGGCUCCACGGACGGCCACUCCAGUUAUGGCUUGGACUCCGGGUUCUGCACCAUCUCCCGCGUGCCUCGUCCGGAGAAGCCUCGUGACCGAGACCGCGACAGCUCCUUCCCCUCCGAGCCCGAGCUUCACCGCUCUGACUCCCUCCUGUCCUUCCGUCUGGACCUGGACCUUGGGCCCUCGCUCCUCAGCGAGCUGCUGGGGGUCAUGAGCCUCUCGGAAGCCUCUGCAGCUGAGACCCCUGCCUCAGCCCCUGCUGCAAACCCCUCCUCCCCUGCUGCGAACCCCUCCGCCCCUGCUGCGAACCCCUCCGCCCCUGCUGCUAACCCCUCCACCCCUGCAGCAAACCCCCCUGCCCCUGCCUCAAGCCCUCCACCCCGUGGACGCUUCCCCAACGGGGUAACCACUGGGUUGGGCCCAGUGGCUGAGGCAAGGGCCAGCGUGGUGGGAGAACGUCCCCGUGCACAAGCUGACAUGGCCCCUGGCAGGCCCUGGGGAGCAGGCUGGGGUGGCAGCAGGGGCAGCCGCCACUACACUGAGAUGGAUGCUCGGCAGGAGCUGGUGAAGGUGCUGCCCCAGGGCCGGGCCUCUUGGGAGAGCCUAGACGAAGAGUGGGAGACGCCCCGGGCAGGCAGCAGGGCCCCCGUGCCCAGCACGGUGCAGACCAGCACCUUCACGUUUGUCGAUGCCGAGGAGGACGACGAGGUCAAGGUGUGAGCAGCUGAGCGUGGGCUCAGGGCCCUGCCCAGCCUCAGGCCGUCGCCCAUGAAGGGCCCAGGGGCAGAGCCAGCCCCUCACCUGACAGAUGGGAGAACCUAAGUUGUCCCCAAACCCUCCACGCCCUUGCCGGACAGGCAUGGGAGGGAGGCCAGGCUUGUUCUGGGACCUGGGUGUUCCCUAGGGCCCUCCUGGGCUGACCUGUUUCCCCACAGCUACCACUCUGGACACAGUGGCCAUUCCCUCAGCUCCGCCCCCACUGGCUGGAAGGCCCAGCGUCACAGUGCUGCCUUUGUGCUGGGGAAGCUGUCCUUGCGGGGUAGGGGGCAGGAAGCGUGCCACACAGGGCCUUUGUCUCCUCCCUAAGGGACCGCCUGCCCCAGCUCACCCUGAGCUGCCCCCAGCACGAAAGCUAGGGUUGUUUCCCCACCAUUCCCCCCACCCCAACCCCAACUUGUCCCAGAAUCCUCAAAAAUCAGGUGUCACCUCCCCACUUCCUGUGCACCCCAGACCUGCCUCUGGGUCCUGAUUAAA